GGUCAGCCUUUUUGGACGCAAAGGAGGACGGUAUCCACUCGCGGUCUGAAGGAAGCGUACGCCAUGGCCUUUUCCAUGUUGGUGGCAACCAUCGUUUCGGCGACCGCUGAGCCAGCCUUUUUCGAUUCCAACGCCUUUGGAUCUGGGCAGCUGAGAGGCCUCGGAAGCGACCCAUUUGCAGAUCCUGGAAGGCAGAACAAAUGGCUCAAGGACAUCAGCACCAGCACCAAGAAUUACUUCAAGAAGGUUCUGGCUCCUCUCCAGAAGCCUAUUGUGCAAGAGUACCAAGUGUUGACGAUCCUGGAUCAAUACGCGAACUACACCAUGGACAAGGUUGAGAACGCCACAGGCUCCGACGUCAUUUGGAAUCGCACCAGUCGCUUCCUGCAGGAAGUCGCUGAAGAUCCAGACGAGUCCGCGGAACCCUCAGCCAAGGGGCGAGCGUUGUAUUCCCGUCGACGACGAGGAAACCAAGACUUGCCUCCCAGAGCCCGGUAUAUCAACAAGAUUCUCAUCUACCUCAACCAGGAAAUGGAUUUGUUGUGGAACUACAACACGAUUGUGGAUCGCAAGCGCUGGGGUGUGGGCAACACCAUCACCUCCUCUCCCUACGGCCCUCAUGGUGAGCAUCCUGAGCGCUGGAGGGCCAACGGCUCCUAUCCCAUGCCCAAAGCAGCACCCAAUCACACGAUCUUGCUUCAGGAGGAUGAAGUGACGAUUACAAUUCGCGUGAAGGCGGAUGAGAAGAAGUUCGACAACAAAUAUGCCGUGCAGCUGCAAGCGGAUUACUUCUCCCUAGUGGACAACAUCAAUGACGCCAGCCAGAAGAUCAGCGAUUUGCGCACACGCCUGUGGAAGAUGAACGAUUACGCUGAUCAAUUCAUCGCCCUUCCCUCAGGCGUGUGGAACAAGAUUGACGCUCAAGCAUGAGAGAUUGAGCUUUCAUUAGGUUAGGAGCAUUUAUCAGAGGGCCAAUUUUCCGUUGGACCCCAAUUGGUCCAUCUUUUGGGAGGCUUAGAAUGCCGAGGAUGAUGUUGCCUUGAAUCUGGGGCCAGAUCACCUCGGUUUUUGGUGCGUCGUGCAAAGCUCCAAUUUUAACGGCCCUCAAGUUUUGAUAAGCCCAGGCCCACAAGUGGCCAGUUCUGUCAAUCGAACAGCUUGACCAAUCACGGCUUUUGAGCCCCUUACAGCUUCAGAAUGGGGGUUUUGACAAGCCCGUAUGCUGCGGCAGCAUAUUAUGCAAGGGACAGAGUUGAA